GAGUCGAACAUUUCUAUCCAAUCACAGCUGCGUCCGCGGGUCAUGUGAUACUGCCCCUUGACGUCAUUUUCUUGCGACUACAGACAGCUCCAUGUGAACAGCUUUCACCAAAGUUAUAGUUAAUUACGGGUUUUGUGUGGGAUGGUGAAGCCAGCUGCUGAAUUGUGAGAAACCUUUUCUCUCCUUUCCUUCCUGUGGCCACUGUCCGACCCAAUGGCCAGCCGCCUCUUGGGCAGGUAUGCCCGUCUGCUCUUCAGAGCCUCCUUCCAGACUCCCGCUGCUGCCAGCCUGCCUCCCCCUGUGGCUGGGUCUGCAGAGGUGCAGAGGACUCAGGGCUGGCCACGGGUCACAGAAAGGUUAAUGUGCGAGGGAAGGACAAUUACUAAGGAAAACCCCUUUCCAAACAUGCCUAUACGCACCCAGCUGGAUGAGUUGGUGGAAAAGGCAGCAGUGCCAGAGGACAUCCUGCUGGCCUGGGCAGAGCAUGGACGGAAUGGUAAUCAAGCUGCUAAUGCACUGAUGAAGUGGACUCAGUUGGUCCUAAGGACGAAGGGCAAGUUUAAGGGACAAAAACCUGAACUGAUGAUGGAUUCAAGGCUACUGGAUAUGAUGGAUACUGUAUCUCGGCAGGUGUCUGCAGUGUGGAAUGGCAAUCUAGUGUCUGUCUUGCGAGCCUUCUGGAUUAUGGGUGUGCCGUCUACUCAUUCAGUACUCAAUUCUGUCCAGACUGAGGUCCUGUGGCGAGUCCGCAGGCUAACCUACAAGCAGCUGGGCUUCCUGGCAGAUUGGGGAGCGGGCAGGAAAGGACAGCAAGAUGUGGCAAUAGUGAAUGCUGCAAUAAAACAGCUGGAACUGCGCUGGACUGAAAUCGCUGAUGCUAAAACUGUCAGUGCACUGAUAUCCAAUGGACAACGCAUGUCGCCUACCUUGAUAGACCGACUUGAAGACAAGGCUUUGGAGCUUGCAGAGGGAUUUUCAGCAGAAGAGAUCCGCAAAGUCUGUUUAUCUUUGGCAGCUCAGAGCCGCAGAUCUGUCCCGCUGCUCAGAGCUCUGUCCUACCACCUUCUUCAGAAGCCAUCCUCAGAGUUCACCACUCCACUAAUACUGGACAUGGCUUUUGCAUACGGGAAGUUAAAUUUCCACCAUUCUCAGGUAUUUCAGCGAAUGGCCUCUGAGUUGUUACCCAGAGUCCCUGAGCUCAUUUCUGCUGAUGUCACACGCUGUGCUAAAUCACUGGGCUUCCUCAAAUGGCUCCACAUCCCUCUCUUUGAGGCCUUUGCUGAGCACUACACAGCAAACAGUGAGAAGUACAGUACCCUUCAGCUCUGUAAUCUGCUCAUGACUUUUGCCAGACUUAGCUUCCAGCCCAGCAAUGGAGAAGAUUUUUAUAGCAAGGUUCACUCUGUGCUGGAGCACUCUCUCUCAGGCCUGGAGCCCUUCUUGCAGACAGAUGUGGUUUGGGCUCUGUGUGUGCUGCAGCAGGCCAAGCCCCACUACCUCAUCCCCCUCACACAACAGAGUCACGUUACCAAACUGUCAGAGGGCAGUCCAGCUCGAGUGGAGAACUAUCAGCUGAAGCUCCUUCACAUUGCUGCUACACUCCACUUAGAGCAUCCGGGUUCCUCAGAAACUCCAUCCUCCCCGAAUUCCCUGUCUGUCCCGGCCAGUCUCUCCCCCCUGCAGAGCAGUCUAAGAGGGGCUAUACAGAGUUUGGUGGGUGGGAGGACAGAGGCCCUUCGCACUGGAGUUGACACUGUUUAUGGAUGGACUAUUGAUGCUGAGCUGGUGGUGGAUUGUGACAACAAGCCAGUUGACAUGUUGAUGCUGAAAGCCCCUCAUCUUCCCAGUGGUGGAGGAGACCAGGCUUUACCUGUAGGGGCACAGCGGCUUGCUUUCUUGGCUUGGGAAUUUCCAAACUUUUGCUCAAAGAGUAAAGACCUUCUGGGGCGGUUUGCAAUGAUGAAGCGACAUCUCCAGUUGGCUGGCUUCAUAACAGUGGAGGUGCCAUAUUAUGAGUGGCUGGAGCUAAAGACAGACUGGCAGAAAUUGGCAUACCUGAAGGAUAAAAUGGGGAAGGCUGUGGCCGAGGACAUGGCUAAGUGAACCGAUCAGUCUUGAGCAAAUCUGCAGACUCAGCUGAAUCAGAGCUUUCCCAACCAAAUGGGACCACGGGGAAUACACACGCACACCCACGUUCACACUCUGAACGGAGCAGCAUUGCAGAAAAGCUCUCUCAUACUUUGCCACAGAAAAAAAAAAUCCUAUUUUAACUCUGGUUCCCUUGGCAACGUGUGGGGCUUUCCCUGUUUCCAUGGUGAUGUCGAGCAAGAAUUUUUGAGCUAGAGAGAAAGACGGAAAUAAACACAA